AUGAAGGCAACAACAGCAGGCGAAGCUACGACUAAAACUGAUACAUAUGAAUUCUUUUGGUCGCUAGCUUCACUUGAUAAAACUGUGAGACAAAAAGCUGCAAGGGAGCUCACAUCACAUUUAUAUAAACUUUAUCAUGAAUAUCGAGAAAAUCAGAAGAAUGUUUUGUUAAAUUUAGAGGAAGAAGCGAGAAAAAAUAAAAGAGCUGGAUUUAUCAGAGUCACCGAGAUACUAGAAAAGUAUUAUGGACCUGAUGUCGUGUAUUCGUUGAUAAGACUUACUCGAGGUUUAUCUAGUUCUCGACAGGCAGCGCGACAUGGUUUUUCGUUAGCUUUGACUGAGCUACUUUCGUGUCUCGAGUCCAUGUCAUAUAAACUGAUUAUGCCGUUCAUUGAUGAAGCUUGUCCAUUUUUGUCGAAUAAAGAACAAGAAAACUCAGAUACACUAUUCGGUCGCGUAUUCGGAUACACUUGUAUCAUACAAUCAGGAAUCCUUUGGGGUGAUACAUCGUGUGAACAAGAUUCCUGUGAGGUGAUUGAUGGAUUGGUGACUUGCUCGCAACGUAAAUCCUACAUUCGGGAGACAUGUUACCAUCUUAUUAUAUCCAUGUUGCCAAAGUUGAAUGAGCAAGUAUACAGAAUUAGUGGACUCGAAUAUCUAAUACAAAAAACAUUUGCACAUUGUAAGCAUGGUAUUCGGAAACCAGAUGAUCUUAAUCUUGCAUUAGCAAUACAAGACCAAUUUCCGGAUCAAACAACUACAAAAAUGACAAAAUCAAAAAAUACCAUCAGUAAAUACUGGAAAUCUUUAGUAUUACACAAUAAUGAAAAGGACAAAACGUGUGAAAAAUGUAAAUCUAAUAUAUGGAAAACCCCGAAUAUUCUUUCUCGUGACAAUAUAACGAGAAUUAUUGAGGCGCUUGAAGUGAAAGAGGACAAAAAUGCUCAGUAUCAAGAAGGACGACUUCACUCUGUAUGGGAAAGAAUUCUAAGAAUAUAUUUUCGAGAAAAUAAUGCCAAUGAGUUAUCGUUUGAAGAGUUUUGGAAGAUCGUAGUUGAUGAGGGCCUCUUCAACAAUGAAGCAACACACAAACGACGAUUCUGGGGAUUCCAGCUAUUUGAGAAAUCCAUAAAUGUGAUGCCGGAAAACCAGAUUUCCUUAUCGACAAUACAACAAUAUGCAAUCGACCACAAAUCCACGACAGUAACUUUAAUUCUUCAAUUGAUUGGCAAAAACGGGUCGCGCAUUUUCGAUCAAUUAACAAACUCAAAGACGGUUGAACGCAUGAUUUUGUAUUUGGAUGGAGAUGGCGCACUGUCGUUUGUAAAAUAUUUAAAACGUCUGUUUUAUUUUGCUGAAAAUGAAGAAGGAUUAGCUAACAGUAAAGGAUCGGAAAUUGAUAAACUACGUACGUGGACAAUUAACCAAAUGUACUCGGUACUAAAAAAUCAUAGCAUCGAACAUCGUGAAGAUUGGGUUAAAUUUAUAUUUGAUCAUUUUCUCAUUCACGGAUUUUUUGUAAAGAAAAUAAACAACGACAACAAUUAUAGUAAGAAUAAUCGUAAGAGAAAGCAUUCGAGUUCUGAAAAAACUUUGAAUAAAAAAAAGGUUAAGCUGGAGGAUGGGCAACAUCACUAUAACAUUGAUAAUAACGAUAAUGAUUUGGACGAUAAUCUAAUUCCAGAAGUUUCAGAAUCUAUAAGAGAAUUGUGUAGAAUACGAUUUUUCAAUGCUCUCGGAGAACUGAAUACCAUGAAAUCAUUUAUGGCCGAAUCAACCACGAAUGAAAGUAUGGACAACAACAAUAAAAAGUUGAUUCGCAAAAAACUGCUCGGCACUACAAGCACCGGACAAAGUUGGGCACGAUACGCAGUAGAACGUGUUCAAAACUUGCAACAAAGUCCUAAAUAUAAUUUAGCCGUAAGUUUAUCCGACGAGGCUAAACAAGCACAAAGAGAUGCGAUUUUGGUGAUUGAACAGAUUGACGCAAAGUCAAAGAACUUUACAACUGAAAAAACUAACAAUAGCAAUCGAAAUGAAAAUAAUCAUGAUAAUGCCGGAUCUCAAUAUAAAGCAUUUGAAUUACUUUAUUCACAUGCAUUCUUGAUGUUAUAUAACGAACCGAAGGAGGCUACAACGUUUUUACAGGAUUUACAUGAAUGCUACAAAAAAGUAUUCAAACUCACAAAAAAAUCUACAAAAGAGAAAAUAACCGACGAUUCAGAAUCGAGACCUGAACCUAUCGAAGUUAUUGUUGAUAUUUUACUCGGAUUUCUUGGGAAACCGUCGGCAAUGUUGCGUCGUCUCGCUGAACAAGUUUUUGAAACUUUUUGUGAUCAAAUGACUGAAACCUCUUUGGAUUUGUUGUUGGAUGUAUAUGAUGAUGUUUAUUCUGAUGAUGAACAAUCAAAAGAUCAAGAUGAAGAAAUGGCAGAAUUUGAUGCAAAAUUAGUAGAAAUUUUCAAACAAAAACAACUUGAGAAAGCGAGAAAAAAAGAUGCCAAAUAUCAAGUAAUUCAUUUCAAGAACAAAGUUCUUGAUCUCCUCGAAAUAUUCAUACGAAAACAACCAUCCAAUCCACUUGUAUUCAAUCUCAUACUUCCACUUCUUGAUGUCGUUCUAAAAACUAAUUCCUCGUCUGACCAAGCCGCCAAUAAAGCCAAUGGACUAUUGAUAUUGAAAGAAGUGCAUCAAUUGGCAAAAAAAGCUGCUUCGAAUGUUAUUCUUGGUGUUUGUGAUAAUGUUAGCGGAUAUCUUGUUAAAACUUUAGUACGAUAUUACGAAAACAACCCCAGUUCAAAAUCAUCCAAAAAUAUUCGAUCAUCACCACGACGAUAUUCAGGAAUUGUAGAUAUUUAUCGCGAGUCAUUAAAUGACUUUAUGACUAGAUCAAAGUCUCGUCUCAACAUAGAAUUUUUUAACGAGUUGGCGACCCGGUUUCCGGAGAUCUCUUGGCUCUUAAUCAAUGAUUUGUUUGAGUUUACGAAGCAUCCAGAGAAAGUUCAAAAUGUGUUUCGACUUGUUCAGGCAUAUGAAAUGACAAGCAAGUUUGUUAAAGAGCUGAUAGCCAAGAAAUCAAGCGAUCACGAUCAAAUAUUGCUUGACUUUAUACCCAAAUAUGAAAAAUCUCUUUUACGAACACUUGAUUAUAUCUUAUCAUCCGCCAGUGUAAAAGACGACGCCGCCAAUGAUAAAGAUGACAAGAAAGAUGAUGAAAAUAAAUGUAAAAGUAAACCUCAACGACCAAAAAUAAAAGUGGAGAAACUCAAAGAACUAUUAAAGAUUAUAAUAACGAUUGUAAAAAAUAUUAAAAAGAGGGUACAAACAAAUUCUUCAAUAUGGAAAACCGAGUCGACUGAUUCUCUAGAACAGGCUUUGGUGUCGAUUAGAGAUUGUUCAUGUUACAAGUCUUCGCGAGCUGUCAAAGACUUGGUAAAUCAGUUAUUAAAAAGUAUUUGA